AUGGAUUCGUCCUUCGAGAGAAGGGUACCGGGCGCUUCAGUGUGGCGGAAAGCUGGUUUCCCUUCUCAUUUUCUUGGCCUGACAGGCAUCCCCGGCCUGCAGGAGCGCACCCUGAUAGCGGUGAAGCCGGACGGGGUCCAGAGGAGGCUGGUGGGGGACGUCAUCCAGCGCUUUGAGAAACGGGGCUUCAAGCUCGUCGGCCUGAAGCUGUUGCAGGCCAACGAGGGGAUCCUAGCAGAACAUUACCACGAGCUGCGGAGGAAGCCCUUCUACCAUGAGCUGAUCCAGUACAUGACCUCUGGGCCUGUGGUGGCCAUGGUGUGGGAAGGCCACAACGUUGUCAAGACCUGCAGAGUCGUGGUGGGAGAGACGAACCCUGCCGAAGCCAAGCCGGGCACUGUCCGCGGAGACUUCAGCAUCCAUGUCAGCAGGAACGUCGUCCACGCCAGCGAUUCCGUGGAGACGGCCCAGCGGGAAAUCAGUCUGUGGUUCCGCAGCAACGAGCUAGUUGACUGGGACUGCUGUGAUCACAAAAUCAUGUACGAACUCUGAAGACCGCACUGUGCCCAGAAGAACCUGUCUCCGGAUCUGCUACCUCGGCCGGCGUGGCGGCCUUCCUGAAGCCAUGCGCAUUGUGCAUCAUGGGCUCUGAAGGGGGGGGGCGGUCAUGGGAUGGUGCUGCACUUUAACCACUAUCCCUCUGCUCAGGGGAGCAGGUACCUCACGCAGAACCACUGUGGUAAGCUGCCGAGUACGUCAGAAUAACCCAAGUGCCAUUGUUUUGAAGAAUGUUUUUACGGGUGUCGCGAGAAAACGGCAGAGUACCGUUCUUAACAGAAGUCAAAGAAAAGAAUUAAAAGGAAAAA